CUCGCAGUAAUUUUCCUUCGGACUCGAAGCUAUACCUGUACGGCUGUACUGCAUAUACACUGGCGGAAGUGCGGACGCGGACCAACCGACCAUCCCCUCGCCUAGAGAUGACUCGACUUUAACAGUCGUCUCUACUUUUGCACACUGAUAAGAGAGUUGCGGCGGAGUUAUAGGCAGGCCUUUGUAGCUGCCGAUGUAGUUGGGGAUACGACUCGAUUCCGCGUCGGUCAGCUGUUGCGACUGUGGUCGUGAUGGGAAAUUCGUAUUGGUAGCGGUCAGAGGAAGCUUUAUAGCCAGACGCAGCCCUAGUCGUGGUCCGUACGCGAACGGUGACGUUCUGCAGCUUAUUAGUUCAUUCGCGUUGGUGGACGAUCUGACUCAUCCGACGAGAGAGGUUUUGCCAAUUGACCAACGUCGGGCUACCAAGAAGCAGCCAUGGUGAAAGCAUACAACGGCGCCUUGAUCCUAGCGGACGUACUGCUACUUAUUUUGAAGAUCUUAUAUUAUAUCUUCGAGAGCGUGUAUAAGUUCUUUGUUCCAACGAAGGAGAAGAGCGUAGCAGGCGAGAUUGUUCUGAUAACAGGCACGGGUCAUGGUAUCGGAAAGGAAUUGGCAAUUCGUUAUGCAUCCCUUGGCGCGACAGUGGUAUGCUGGGAUUUGAAUCAAGAAACUAAUGAAGAAACAGUAAAUGAGAUCAAGAAAAUGGGAACAGUCGCAGUGCAUGCGUAUCAAUGCGACGUGUCAAAACGAGAACAGGUUUUAAGCGUAGCCGAAAGAGUCAAAAAGGAAGUAGGUGAUAUCACUAUUUUAGUUAAUAACGCUGGUAUAAUGCCUACUCAUGCAUUUCUCGAUCACACAACCGAUGAGAUUAGACAGAUCUUUGAUGUCAACGUGUUAGCUCACUUCUGGUUGCUGCAGGCAUUUCUACCAAGCAUGAUCGAAAAGAAUCAUGGCCAUAUCGUUGCACUAUCGUCAUUAGCAGGAAUCGGUGGCUUACCAAAUUUAGUUCCUUAUUGCGCUUCGAAAUUCGCAGUCAGAGGAUUAAUGGAGGCGAUGAGUGAGGAAUUACGAACAUCUUCCAAAGGAAAAUCGUUAAUCAAAUUCACUACUAUUUAUCCGUAUAUGGUAGACACUGGACUGUGCCAGAAACCAAAAAUAAGGUUCCCGAAUGCAAUGCCGUUGGUUAAACCGGGACAAGCAGCUUCAGAAAUAAUUUCUGCACAGAGACAAGAGUACCGAGAAAGAUCUGUGCCUUCGUUUUGGUUCGCAAUAUCUUCACCACUAAGAUGUUUGCCGGAUAAUGCGAUAUACUCCUUAAUUGACUUUUUCGACACUGGUGUUUGCGCAACCAGCUAACAAAUAGCUAACAGAAAAAAAGAAGCCCUGUAUUCAUCUUUAUAAAAAAGCCACUUUAUUAAUUCGAAAGAAAUUUGUAAACAAAAUCUUUUUAUAUAAUUCUCCGAUAUAUUUCCGGUACUUGCAAGUAGAAAGUGAUUCGCAGUUGCCGACAGCCCUUACAUUGCGACCUGUCAAUACGUUUUAAAUGUAAGAUACUUACCUGUCUUUCCCUCCAAUAUUUCUAUAUUACACAUAAAAGUGCAAAUAAUUAUCUUGAUUAAUCAUUGAUCAACUUGAUUGUUGUAAACGAAUGUGUGAUAUAUAUGUGGACGCGCAAGUAUAAGUGUUUUAUACAUAGAGAUAAAAGUAAAAUAUAAGCGAUAUGUAUAAAUAAACGUUUUAUAUAGGAUAUGGAAACAAAUUAAACGUUUCAUUGUUGUUCUAAUAAUAUCAGCACAAUAUAUAAAUAAAUUAAUCGUGAGCAAUAAUAUUUUAUAUUACCAAACUGAUUAAAAAAUAUUGAUAUAAUAAAUAUUAAAUAUUAUAUAUUUAUAAUAAUGAUACAAUCGCACUACUACAAAUGAAAACUGGAUUCAGCAAUAUACUUUUCAAAUGUAUUUCUGUAUAUGUGUUCUGUAUGUGUGUGCAUGUAGACGCGCGCUAUAUUGUUAUGCAAUAUAUUAUUAAUAAUACAUAUACAUUUCGUUAUUAUGUGUUUUAUUAUUGUAUGACGAAAUACAAGAUGUGUAUAGUGGUUGUUAAUAUAACUGUUGUCUCAUAUAAAUAAAAUUAAUUGCGAAUAUUA